UCAUGGAAAGUUUAGUUUAGCUAGCUAUCUUUAACUUACAUCUCGAUAUCCGGUUAUUUAUGAUAAUAUCACGAUAUUCAGGAUCAUUUCAUGAUCAACGAGGCGUGAACGAGGACUCUGUAACUAUACCUAUUCCAUAAUAAUUAAAUCUCCAAAGAUGACAAUGGAAAGAACAUUAAGAUACUGCGAAUGUGGAAAUACCUGCUACGGAGUCUUUAAGGAAGACGUCGACAUGGGAGGUGCUGGGGUGAAAGUUUAUAGUUACAUUGAAAAACCACCUGCUCAGUCUAGAAAAAUAGAAAUAUUGGAAUCUAUCAUUGUUACAAAUGUUAAACAAGUCAAUCCUCAAGCAUCAGAUUUUUGUAAGGACAUAAGAAGUAAACUUGAAGAGAACAAACGAAAUUGUACUGUAUGCAGAAGAAAAUUUGAACAUAUGAUGGAAUUGCUAGAAGAAUUGCCACCAGUGAACGAAAACCAUAUCUCUGCGAUAUGUCAACGAUGCAAGCUUUUAGAAAUAGAAUGCCCACGAUGUCAAUAUUAUCUCACCAAGUUUAUAAAGAAUCAAAUUACACAACAAGAUAACACGCAGCUAAAGUGUAAAGAACGCAUGGAUCUUAUAAAGGAGUUUCAACGGGACAAUCAGAACUGCAGGGGCGUGUGCAGUCGGCGUUUUUUAAACAAUGAGAAUGAAGACAUUGAAGAUUUUCAUAAAUUUCCAAAAAUUGAUAGUAAAUUGUUAUCUGCAGAUAAAGAUUAUGCAAAUUUUAAUAAUUUGAAACCUGAUUCAGAUUAUAAUUCCAAAUCUAAGGCAUUUUUGGACUCUCUAAAGUUACAGAAGUCCGCUUUUACAAGAGAGGAUGAAACUGGUGCCAUAAAACAUUUAAAAAAGUCUAACCUACCUUUUGGAAAAAGUAAUCGACAUGAUAUCACUAAAGACGAAGAAAAAAAGAUUCAUAAACAAAACAAAAAAAUUAAUUCCAAUCAAAUAAAAAAUAAAGACAGUAAAAAUAAGGAGAACCUGAAUCGUUCUCCUUUAAAAAAAUCGAAUAAAGAAAAGAUUGGUUUUCAACGGGAAAACAUGGGACCUGGACACAAAUACAAUAAAAGUAAAGGCUCAAAGGCUUUUAAAUCACCAAGAAUUGGUAAAAAAAGUGAUCCACAGAAUAAAAAGGGCAAGAAAUCUACGAAAGGCGCAAGUAAAAACGAUGCUGUACAAAACGAUUCUAAUCGGGAUGAGCCAAAUAAAAUUGAAAAUAAUAAGAAUGCAUCCACAGAUAAUAAUUCAAAGAGAAGCCCUAAAGAAGUUGGAAACGAAUUUGACGAAGUUGUUAAAGAAAGAAAAGUUAAAUAUGUACCUGAAUUAUUCGAUGAUCAGGCAAAAGCUGUUCCAGGAACCGGAAAAAUAAAUUAUGCAUUAUCUGACAAGAAAUUUAUCGAUAUUGGGUGGACUCGCAUGCCCCCCUUGUUAACAAAGCGACGGGUUUUCGUGUUUGAAAUGCUUCCGGGGAGUGUCGAAAAUAAUUGGUUUGAUAAAAACAAAAACAAAACAAUGCAUUACAAUACCGGAGAGAUGCUAGCUGAAGUUGACGCCCAGUCCACAGGAAACUGGUACUAUAGAAAUGGAACUGUAGCUCUUUCUAAAGAUUCAAAAACAUGCAUUGUUUACGAUCACGAUGGUGAAAAUUCUUUAUUGGCAAAAUUUGAUCACCUUGGUAACGGAGUGGUGUAUGGCCCGACCGGUGAUGUAAGGCUGCAAUACAAUCAGUUUGAAGGUAGAACCUUGGAUUCACAGUUCAGCUAUCCGAAGCGAUGGCAAUGGCAUUCCCUGAACGAUCCUCCGAUGAAAGAAAGAGAGUUGUUGGAAGACGUAUUGACCCCGCCUGAUCCGAAUAUUUCACGACUCAUACAAAAGUACGGGCGUCAUCCACACGACCACCAAAAGCCACUUGCCGAAUCCCCUACAGACAACGAUUAUGUGAAAAGGAUAGAUAUCGAAAACAGUCAAAUAUUCAAUAGCCAAAAAGAAGUCUUGGCUAAAAAAAUUGUGCCUUUCAAAAUACAAAUGCAAGCCCUGCAGAUAAACGAAUGCUUUUCCCUGCAUAUUGUUAAUCAGCAUCAAAUAUUUAUACAUUUUAGACCUCCGAAUAGUAAAUUCAUGAAGCAUAAUGUCGGUUUGCAUUUGGAUAAAUCAAGGAUUAUUGCCAUGAAUAAAAUUCCAUACAGCGGACUGAAUGCAGAGAUUGGUGCGGCUCUUACUGAUAAAACAGAUUAGAGAAGCCUUUUCAAUAUUUCUGCCUCAAUUGGUGAAAACAUAUAAAAACAAAUUGAGCUUAAAAAUACCUAGACUAUAAAAGAUUCUACUUUGUACAUUUAAUAUUUACCUACGUAAGUACUGAUAUUUUAUUUAAGAAAAUAGUACUAAUGUAUAUCUUAAUUUACGCUAUGCUGUAAAUAUAUUAUUUACUUACCUAAG